AAUGCAUUCUCAUUUUGGGGCAUCUGUGGUGCAAUUCAGUUCUGUUCCCCAGCAUGAUGGCUGGGAACUUUUUAAAAUGUCACUUGGGAUUCUCUCACUGCGCUGCGCAUCCAGUAGCUAGUGUUUUCUGGUAGCUCAUACCUUCUACAACAACGCCAGCAAGCACACGUAUGGACCUUCUUUCCAAUGCAACAGAGCUGUUGAAUGGUUUGACCCUGCCUGCAGUCUGCUGUGCACGAAACAACAUACUCAGGGGGUAUUACAGUUUCGGCUUGUCCUCAUUUGUAACCACUUCUGUGCCCUGUCCUUUUGAGACUUCAACUGAUAUGCUUGUGCUAUUGCUUUAGCUAUCCCCUUCCUUCCUCAGUGCAACCAUGGAUGCCUCUUCACAGGGAGAAACUAGCUGAUGGAACAUAGAAGAGCAAAGGCUGCAUACCUACCCCAGUCCAUUUAGAGUACGAUGUGAUCCAGCAGGGAUUCUUUAUCCUUAUGGACGCUUUAUCUUGCAGGGUUUUGAACCAAGUCACCAUGGGCAGUGCUAGAACCACCAUGUAUGGCCGUGCCUUUUGUGGUGGUGACCAGGUGUAACUUCUUCAUCUGUAAUGCACAGGAAUUCUGGCACCAUCUAGUGAUCCUUUCUGACUUCCAGCUCCAUAAGGACAGGCCACACGCAACCCCUCCACUCAAAGCUCUAUCCUCUUAUCCUGAGUAAUUAAAACCAGUGUUGGCAAGUUCUUUGUUGUGCUCUGGGUUACAGGGCUCAAGCUUCACGUGGGGACUUGCCCAGACUGAGUCACAGAUACACUUUUCUUCUGUUUUUUGACUCCUAUUUGCAGGACAUUGUGAGUGGGUUUAGCCCUUUGCUAGCAAAUACCAACAGUAGAGGCAUUUUCACACACAUAGUCACCAGGAAAGAACAAACACCGGUUAAGGCCAGUAUUAUGUCCUCUGAAACGGCUUUAAUAUGUGAAAAAGGAGGUUCCUUGAGCUGGAAUGGUACUACUCUUCAUCUGUUUUCAUUUGCCUCUAAGUUUCCGUGUUGCAACGAGCAUCUUGUGAAAUGUUCUGGCAGAGAAACAAUGAAAAUUCCCCCAUCUCCAUGUGCUGUGGGAACACCCAGGACAUGACUUUUUCUGCACACUGGAUUACAAACUGCGAAGGCUUCUCACCAGUGUGGGAGCUGCCUUAGCGCAGUCUUCUGUGCAGAAAGAGGGCUGUAUUCGUAGUGAUACUGGUAAUGCGGACUCCUGAAGAGUGAUACUGUGAUAGUGAUAAUGAACCGCCGAGGGAGAGCCAGUCCCAGAACCGCAGGUAACCACAAAGCCUUCCUUUCUGUCCUGCUGUAGCAGAAGGAGGAGGGUGGGUGAAUAUACAGGAGCAGGAUAGAUAAUGGGCAUGGAACAGUGGCUGGCCUCAUACCAGGAGAAGGGGCUUAGGACAAGAGCAGAGCAACAGAUGAUGGAACUGGGGAGCGCUCAGGCUGGGGGAAUGAAUUUUUUGCCAGAGGGAAUGAAGGUCCAGGCAGGCUACGGUCUGCCAUCCUCUUCAGUGGCUUUUCUGUAAACAAUGGGACUGAAGAGUGCUAUCCUAUUGUUAUCCAGGUAAAAUUAUCUACACCAAGCUAAGCACAAGUCACUGCUCCCAUCUCUGGUGUCUCUAAGGAGAACCAAGGGCUCUCCCAAGAGCUUCAAAGUGCUCAUUCUCCCUGUGGAAACAACCUGUUCUGCGUGUCUGCCUCUGCAGACACUAAGCUGGACAGUCACUCCUUGGAGUGACUAUGUGCUAUUGCAUAAAAGGGCUUGGGGACAGAGCCGGAAUAAAGGUAGCUGAGAGAAAGAAGCUCUGAAGAGAGGGAGGUACAGCAAGAGCAUUCAGUGAAAGACAGGGGUGAUGGAGGGCAACAGGGUAGAUGUGUUGAGGAGAAAGGAGGCGCGGCAGGAUGAAGCAAGUGUAGUUUGGGAAGAGUAUAGGCAGGGCUUGUGGUAAAAAGUGAAAUGAAAGAGCAGUUUCAGGGCAGCGCCUGUUUUGCUCUACUCUGUGGGUCUGACCCACUGCUAAUGAUGGGCAGCAGGACCUCAUUACAGCACCUGUGGGGCUCCCAGUCCUUGGCACGAGGGUGCCAGCAGGCUGUUGGGGUACAGACCCACCUGAGUUAUCCUGCUGGCAGCUCUGGGCUGGGGGAUUCCACUCUUGCCUUGUGUUUUUCAGCCCCGACAGAAGGAAGAAGCUGCUCCUGGCUGAACCCCUGGGUCUUCCUUGUUUCUGUCCUUGUCAUCAAAGUUGCCUUUGUAAUCAUCUGCCUUGCUGUUUUCCUUCAUGGAAGCUAUGGCCAAUACAAGACUCUGCUCCAGAACGCUACAGAGUGGCAUUGUGUCCCCAAUGUAUCUGCAGGCAAAAAGGAGGUCUGGAUGUGCUGCCCCAAGGGCUGGAAGCGCUUUCAAGGAAGCUGCUAUUACCUGUCCACUGAUGUGAUGUCCUGGGAUGACAGUAAGCAGAACUGCACUGGGAUGGGCUCCCACCUGGUGGUGAUCAACAGCGAAGCCGAGCAGGAGUUCCUCUUCAACCUGGCAAAAGGAGUAUUUAGUAACGCCUAUGAAACAAAAUACUACAUAGGUUUGACCGCUUACAAAAAUGGGCAAUGGCAGUGGGUGGAUCAGACUCCAUAUAAUAAGGCAGCCACGUUCUGGAAACCCAGGGAACCCAAUUUGCUCUUUGCAGAAAAAUGUGCUGCAAUUCAUGUCAAGGGUAACAAAGAUUCCAGCACCUACAGUAACUGGAAUAACAUCCUUUGCUUCACAAGUUGCUAUCGAAUUUGUGAACAGGCAGUCAAAUUUGUCUGAGGAAGGAAACUCCACUUUGGAUGAAGGACCUGAAGGACUAUCUUUGAGAAAGGGCAGCUCACAAGAAAGCUGCUGAAAAGCUGGCCUGAGCUCACGCAGAUGCUUUACCUUGUGAUGUAGGGUGAGCAAGCCAGCCACAGAAUCCCAGCUCCGAAGGCUGUCAGUUUGCAGCCUGUGCCCCUGCAUCUCUUUCCAAGCUGCAGAUCAGUCCUGGAUGAAAUUGCUUGGGCUGAUGUCAAGGACCUGUUGUGUCCUUUUCACUGUCCUCCUUCACAGAUGUGUGCUCUGAUCCUCCAGUACUUUUCCUUGACUUCUUGUCCAGUUGAUCUCUCAAUGAUGCAGAAAGACCCUCUCCGUUUCAUGAAAGGACACUGGUCCUGCAAAUCCCUGGAGCAGAAUUUGAAAGAAGAGCAUUCAGUGCAAUGUGCUUUGCCCACUCCUGAAGGGAACAGUUAUUCAUGGCUUAUCUGUACGUUUCCUUCUUCUUUCAGCAUAUUCUCUGUUGAUAAAUUAAAAAAAAAAGUAUCAAUAAAUGUUAAUUCUGCUCUUUG